AUGGCUGCUCGAUCUCUCUCCAGAGGCCUCUCGAGGCAGCUGGUCCUCGCCAGGCCUUACGGGACGGUGCAGAACAACAUCCUGAAGCCGUCGUCUACUUCCUCUCCAGACGCCGUCGCCCCACGAACUAGCUCUCUGCCAGCGGCAUUGCAGGAUGCGAUUGCAGCUAAGGGCCCUCGUACAUCAUGGACUCGCGAGGAGAUCACUCAGAUAUACCAGACUCCCCUAAACCAGCUUACUUUUGCAGCUGCCUCCGUUCACCGUAACUUCCAUGACCCUGCGGCCAUCCAGAUGUGCACGCUGAUGAACAUCAAAACUGGUGGAUGCAGCGAAGACUGUUCAUACUGUUCCCAAUCGUCACGAUAUGACACCGGCCUGAAAGCAACGAAAUUAAGCACCGUCGACUCUGUUCUUGAAGCCGCCCGUGUCGCCAAGGAGAAUGGAAGCACCAGGUUCUGCAUGGGCGCUGCAUGGCGCGACAUGCGUGGCCGCAAGUCCAAUUUGAAGAACAUCAAGGCUAUGGUUUCCGGUGUGCGCGGUAUGGGCAUGGAGGUCUGUGUCACGCUCGGCAUGAUUGACGGUGACCAGGCAAAGGAGCUGAAGGAGGCUGGAUUGACUGCUUAUAACCACAAUGUCGACACGUCGAGAGAGUUCUAUCCCUCGAUCAUCACCACGAGGUCGUACGAUGAGCGAAUCCAGACUCUCGGCCACGUCCGUGAUGCCGGCAUCAAUGUUUGCUCUGGCGGAAUUCUCGGUCUGGGUGAGGAGGAUUCUGACCGAGUAGGGUUAAUCCAUACCGUUGCUACUCUACCUGCUCAUCCUGAAUCGUUCCCCGUCAACGCCUUGGUUCCUAUCAAGGGAACUCCGCUGGGGAACAGGAAGAUGAUCGAGUUCGAUAAAUUGCUGCGAACUGUUGCCACGGCCAGAAUUGUCCUCCCUGCCACCAUUGUUCGUCUGGCUGCCGGUCGUAUCUCCCUGACGGAGGAACAACAAGUUACAUGCUUUAUGUCUGGCGCGAAUGCCAUAUUCACAGGCGAAAGAAUGCUUACUACUGAGUGCAGCGGCUGGGACGAGGAUAAGAAGAUCUUCGACAAGUGGGGGUAUUAUCCCAUGAAGAGCUUCGAGCGCGGGGAGUACAAGGGCGUUGCCUCAGAGCAACAGCCAUUGCCGGCGAGCGACGGUGCGACCGAGGCGGCCCAGCCAGCUGCUCCAGCCUCAUGA